UUAACGUCUGCGAUAGCGGGUACGAAUUAGGAUUAAUCAUUUUCUAUUAUCGAAAACUUCUAUUGAAGUUCAUAUUGAUAAUUUUGAUAUCAAAAUUGAACGUGUUUUAUUCUGUGAGAAUGAGGAAGUGUCCUUCGCACCGAAUGCUGCUUGGAAGCAAAGAAUUCACCACCAAACGCUGUGCAGUGGCGAGUUAUUUCCCUUCUUCAAGAUCAGCGACUGCACCGAUUAAGAGCCCCGGAGUUCCGGCGUGCUUCAGUGGUGGUAUGUCGCUUGGAUGUUGGUCGCGGUCACGUGCUACUGCGACGAGUCUCUGUAGAGAGUGGUGGGCGACGUCGAUGAGGCUGAGGAUAGCAUAUCGUAUUAACAACACUACCGGCAGCAGUGCACAUCUCUUCAGAUCAGUUUGGAUGCAAAGUCAUAAAAACCCAGAUCUGCAUUGUGAAAUAAUUCUUGAAAAUACAAUUAUAAAAGGCAAAAGUUUGAGACUGCAGCAACGCUUCCUUGAACUGGAUUCCCUUUCUGCCAAAAUUUCGAAAAAGAUGUGCAAAUCAGUUGCCAUGGUCAACAGUUCUUAUUCAUCAUUAAUUCUAACAGCAUUUUGUCAUCUCCCAGGAGGACUAAAUCCAGGACUCGGUGAUUGGGAUAAAAAUGUUAUUAACAAAAGGUGUCAAAUAAUUUCAAUGAACUUCAGAUCUUCUGGUGGUUGUGCCAACAAAGGUCUAGAUGACAGACAAGAUGAUUUGGUUGAAGAUAAGAUUGAUGAAAAUAUGGAGGAGUGGAUUCACCCUGAUGAUAGGUCAGAUAUGAUCUUGGAAAAAGACCCAGAAUUGAAGUCUUUGUUGCGAGAACUUGCAUCAGAUUUUGGGAAAGAAAAACAAGAAGGAAAUACAAGUGACGUAGGACCGAGUCAUCAUGAAGGAAUCACUGCAGGUGAAAAGGAAGACAAGCCCUGUGCAGGAGCUACAUUUAAGUUGGAUGGAAAAGUAACGAUGGAUACAUUUGAUACAAGUGUAGAAGAAGCUGAAACACUAGAACCAAUCAGUGCUGAAAAGGGAGAACAUGAGAUGAAAUUUGUAUUUAGCAUAGAUGAUCUUGCAUCUAUUCUAAGAGAAGAGAAUGCACAAGACAUCUGUGUCAUCAACAUCCCAAAGGAGAAACAAUAUGUUGACUAUUUUGUGGUUGUUACUGGACGAUCUCCAAGACACCUCAAAGCAAUGGCUCUUCAUAUUAAUCAACAGUAUAAAACUAAAAAGUCCAAAGAAGACCCUUAUGUUCUUGUGGAGGGAGAAAAUACAGACGAUUGGAUAUGCAUUGACUUUGGUAAUAUUGUGCUGCACCUUAUGUCAGAGGAGACUAGGGAGUUCUAUGAGCUUGAGAAGCUAUGGACCCUCGGACCUGAAUACGACGAUCAGCUGAGACGAAUGAAGGAGUAUGAAACCAAGAUGCAGGAGACUAUGGAAAGUGUGGAUCUAGUAAGAACAGGCAACAAGGAACAAAAGAAGAAUGGCGAUGGCAGGCCUGUCAUUUCAUUUGCAAGAUGAAGAGCUCUAUAGAAAUUAGAAUCAAAACCGAAUGGAUGUGGUUUAAUUCAUAGAUCGAGGCAUUCAUUUGCACAGGCAAAUAGAAGUGGUCUCUAAAUCCUAUAAUACUACAGUGCGUCCCCCAAAAAACUAUACACUUUUGAAAUGGCUGCCAAAUAAAAAAUAUAGCGCUUUGGG